AUGCGCCGCCUUCUCGCUCCGCCAUGGCCGCCGGUGUCGGCGGCGGCCGCCAUGACCGUCGAGGCGGUGCUGCCCCUCCUGGAGCGCGCGAUCUCCGCGGGCGACGUGCGCCGCCUCGGCCCCGCGGCGCACGCGCUCCUCGUCAAGACGGCGCUCACCCACCACACCCUACUCUCCAACCGCCUCGUCGCGCUCUACGCGCUGCUCCCCUGCCCGGCCGCCUCCCUCGCCGCCUUCGCCGACCUCCCGCACAAGAACGCGCACUCGUACAACUCCCUCCUCGCGGCGCUGGCCCGGCGCCGCGGCUCCCUCCCCGACGCCCUCGGCCUGCUCGACGAAAUGCCGCCCGCCACCCGCAACGUCGUCUCCUACAACACCGUCAUCUCGUCGCUCGCGCGACACGGCCGCGAAGCGGAGGCGCUCCGCGUGUUUGCUCGGCUGGUUAGGGACAGGAGCCUGGGGCAGCAGCAGGUGGCCAUCGACCGGUUCACGGUGGUCAGCGCUGCGAGCGCAUGCGCGGGGCUCGGGGAUGCGAGGCCGCUCCGCGAGGUGCAUGGCGCGGUGGUGGUAUCAGGCAUGGAUGUGACUGUCAUCAUGGCCAAUGCAAUUGUGGAUGCCUACAGCAAGGCCGGGAGGGUGGAGGAUGCAAGGAAGGUGUUCGACCAGAUGACCAUCCGUGACUCAGUCUCCUGGACAUCGAUGAUUGCAGGGUAUUGCCGGGGAAGCAUGCUUGAUGAGGCAGUGCAGGUGUUCGAAAUGAUGCCUGAGCAGGACGCCAUUGCAUGGACAGCACUCAUCUCUGGGCAUGAGCAGAAUGGGGAGGAGGAGCUUGCUCUGGAGCUUUUUGAACGGAUGGUGGGGGAGGGGGUGGUGCCAACCCCGUUUGCCCUUGUGUCAUGUCUGAGUGUGUGCGCGAAGCUUGGGCUUGUCGCCCGAGGUAAGGAAAUGCAUGGCUUCAUAUUGCGCAGGUGCAUUGGUUCCAACCCUUUCAACAUUUUCAUCCACAAUGCCCUCAUUGACAUGUACUCCAAGUGCGGUAACAUGGUAGCGGCAAUGGCAACGUUUGAUAGGAUGCCUGAGAGGGACAUCAUCUCUUGGAACUCCAUGGUGACAGGGUUCUCACACAAUGGCCAGGGAAAGCAGUCACUUGCUGUGUUUGAGAGGAUGCUUAAAGCUGAAGUACAGCCAACCUAUGUCACUUUUCUCGCUGUCCUCACAGCUUGUAGCCAUGCUGGUCUAGUCUCUGAUGGCCGCCGAAUUCUUGAAUCAAUGCAGGACCAUGGUGUUGAACCAAGAGCUGAACACUAUGCUGCCUACAUAGAUGCUCUUGGUCGUAAUCGCCGGCUGGAAGAAGCAAGCGAGUUCAUCAAAGGCUUGUCCUCCAAGAUCGGUCUGGGUACAACUGGAUCAUGGGGGGCCCUCCUUAGUGCAUGCCAGGUUCAUGGCAACAUCGAGAUUGCGGAAGAAGUUGCUGAGGCACUAUUCCAGUUGGAGCCUGAGAACAGUGGUCGGUACGUCAUGUUAUCAAACAUAUACUCAGCAGCAGGACAGUGGGAUGAUGCACGGCAGGUAAGAGCUCUUAUGAAGGGGAAAGGAUUGAGGAAGGACCAGGCUUAUAGUUGGAUAGAGGUGCAGAGAGCAAAACACAUGUUCAUUGCUGAUGACACGUCUCACUGUGAGGCAAAUGAGAUAUAUGAGAUGUUGGACAAGCUUUUUCAUCAUAUGCUCAUUGCGGGGGAUCCUGUUGAGGACAAGAAGGGCGAGCUUGCUUUGUGCUGAAAGAUACAUCCCUGAUUCCCUGGCAUGAAACAAUUGCUCUAGCUUGCAAGAACUAGGCCAUUGGUCUCCGGCAUGUGAGGUGGAGUCCACUCCUUUGCCUUCAACAUCUUUGAUUUGGCUGUGUGUUUGAAGGAAGAUGCAAGGGGAAUGUCAGGAUCCAGAAUUUUUGUUAUUGUGCGUCUUCCAUGCUGCAGUCACAGAUGAACUCACACGAUUUUGAUCCAUUUGGAAUUUGGCAUGCUGAAUGAUCAAAUUUUCGCAUGAAGAUGACUACUGAGGGGACAAAAUGGCAACCCAGAACUUUGGAUCAUUCUGCAGCACAGGUUGCUGCUUGCAGCUGUCCUAUCCAGCUCAAUAUCAGAAUCAAAUUCAGAGUCGGCCUUUUUCCUCUGAAACUGAUGUGUCAAAAUUCAGAGUCAGUUUUUUUCCUCAUCUGCAACUGAUGUGUCGGCUUCCAAUAUUUGGCAUGAUGAUCCUAUGUUGGGAUUUUGGAAGGUAGUAGGAUAAAGCCUUGAGCUUCUGGCUGUUUGUAAUGUGUCAGUGAACGUUCAGAGUACAUAUAUUAUUUUGUGUGGAAAAAUUCAUUGAAUUUUGCAAUGGAUGAUUCAAAUCAUAGUUGAAACCCAUGUCACCGCCGAUUGGCAAUUGUCAAGCAUGAAGGCAUUUAUAUGUCUACUUCAUUCUAUCAAUGGAAUGCUACAUGAUUGUUCAGUCCAUCAAUCCAGGUCCAGACUGUCAAUUGACUCUCAUGAUUUGCAAAAGAUACUUUGGAGUAUACCUUCAACUCUCCUUCAUCCAUCAGAAGGCAUUUGCAGAAGGCGACAAAAAGAAAAUCUGCAUGAGAGUGCUGAAUAUCAAGCGCCGCAUGAGGAUGGCCCAUCUAGCAGAUAACAACAAUAUGCUUGGCACAUCUUGCGCGUGCGUUGCAGGAUAGUAGUACUGAAAUAAACUUACUAGUGGGCAGUGGAGCUUUACCAUUGCGUGGUGACUGGCAGUGGAGCGGAGUAUUGCAACCAUUUGAAGCAGCAGCAGCAAAGGCUAUGGAGAUGAUGAUGAUGAUGCAAGGACACCAUGCACGCAAGAGACAAGAAACAAGAACAAGGUCCAGAAUAUGAUGCACUAGCGAAUGGCAGCAUAGGGGUUACAUUCCCUCUCCAAUGCAACAAGUCUGCAAAAGCAUAUGUGGCCGUGGUAACAGCAGCAAAGUAAUUUACAAAGUGCAGAGCAGUGCAGAGAAUGGCAUGCGUCACAGGUGAUGUAGACACGCAGUAGCUAGUAAAACCAGGAGGGAUGAGAGCCUUUGGCUCUGCGAGGGGCAACAGGAGAAAGGCAGUCUCUCUCGUUCGCUCGUUCUCCACCCAAUUGGCGCCACCACCAUUUCUCAGGAAUUCAGGCAGGCAGCGCCACCACCAAGUUCUCGACUCCUUCGGCUCGCCGCCGGUGGUGGUGGAGGUGGAAGGCUGCAGCAGCCUGCACACUGUCACAAGGUAUCAUCCAUGCGUCUCUAUCCCUUCCCCGCCCUAUCCGACGAGGCGGAGAUGCACGGCGCAUUGUGUGCCGCCGCAUAUCGCAUCGAUGAAUGGAUGGAUCACGGAUGGAUGGUGAAAAGAGCUCUUUUAAGUGCAAUUGCCAGAAUGUGGCCUUCGUAUGCAUGACUCUUUCUCUUCACCAGGGAGGGUGACCCGUAUCUGAUUCUGACAUACAUCAACCUUCACCACGAGCAGCAGUAUCCAAGUUGUGUGCCAGCUACCUUUUGCUCCACUUGAUCAAAUCAGAUGGUAAUUGCAACCUUGUAUUGACGACUGCUACCAAUGUGCAGCCGCAGUGAGUGCAGUGCAAUCUUGCUCACCCCAGAAAGAAGAAUUUACUGCUGCAUCCUGCAAAAACACACAAGACACAACCACACAAGAUCAAUGGAUCGCCUCGCCACCAUCAUGUUCCGCAGCUGCAAAGCCAAUCAGCACCACAAGGUUUGGGUUGGGUUGGGUUUUUCAAGUCAAGACUGGCAACAUCACCCUGAGGCUUGAAAUGAUCAAGUGAUACUAUGUGCCAUCUUCAAGAGCAGCAGUGUGCAUACAUACACAGCUGCUGCAUGCACGCGCGUGCGCAUGCACGUGGGGCCGAGCCUUGGCCAAUGUGCUCACCUCGACCGAACUGCGUCAGCAGGACGUCACCACCACCAGGUGGGCCCAUCCCAUCCACACCCUGCAUGACAGGUGGGGCCCACCCCCUCAGGGGGGAGUUAGGUUUGCCUCACGUGUGCUGGCAAUGGCAAUGGCAAUGCCUCCAGUGGCGGACAUGCCCUGCCACAAAGAAGCACAGCAUGCAUGAGACCCCAAAAGAUAAAGCCAAAGCCAGAAAGAAAAAAAAAACCUAAAGAGAUCCAGAGAGAAAGAUAGGCCUCAAAGAAACUGUGCGAGCGACAGCGAGGGGGGGUGCCUACGCACCGUGGAAUGAUGAGGCCACCAUAUCAUUUCCUGGGAGCACAGAGGAGCCGAGAGUUCCUGGAAGAUUCAGCCCUCAUGAUUUCAUUUGGUUAAUCUCAUCAUCAAGAUAAGCAUCUUCUUGCAUGCUGCUAGCUAGGAUUAGUUUACUUUGAUCAUGGAUCUGUUCAGAAAUGCUCAUUAUGAGAUUGUCAUGCUUUCUACCAAGAAAGAUGGGAGGCGGGGGUCUUGCCACUUGAGAGAUUGAUGCAACUUGCUGGCAUGAGUCUUUUCACCAACUGGGCAUUUUCUAGUUAAAUCCUCAUGGUGAUCUCUUCUUCACAGCAAUGUACAGUAGGAGGAGAACAUCUGGGUUGCUCCGUCUUCAAGUGAUGCCCUGCUUGUACUUUUGUCACAGGUCCAGAAAAAUUCACACAAAAAUGUGCAACUUGCUGGCCCUCGUGUUGUAUAUAAUGGCUGCCUAUGGUCAAGGUGCAUAUAUGGCUUGAGAAGGGUGACGCCUGCAUGACAUUUGCAAGAGUGCAAUGGUCAGGGGGGAACAAAUAGUAUACGCAACGAUCAUGAAAAGAAAUCCUGCACUAGAGAUGUUGCCUGUCACAUUACCUUGUUCUGAUCGUUCUGGGGAAUGUACAUUGAGUGCCUGUCACAAUGCAGUAAUCAGUUCAUGUCAAAAACCUUAUCACCUGAUAAAACUUGAAAACACUUGAUAUAUGAUCCAUACAUUACAUCUGUAAUAUAGCCUUAAAGAAACUACUCAUGGAAAUCCAAUUCAAUCAGUCAGUGAUUAGUCAGCAAAAACAACUGAUACCUACCAGAAUCCAUCUAAUAAAAAGCCAACAGUCCUUCAGGCCAUCAAUUAUAUCACAGGGCGCCGGAUGAGCA